AUGGUUCUGGAAAUUUGUAGUGACCGUCGAUCGAGUCGCCGAAGUCGCUCUCAAGGCAGGGAUUAUCAUCGUGGCUGUCAGAGGAGACGAUAUGAAGUAGAUCUUGAUCGAAGAUACGGUGGUCGCGGUGGUCGUAGCUCUCGACGGCAUGGAUCAAGAGAAAGUCAUCUCGAGUGUUAUCGUGUUCGUAGUCCAAUCUCAGCCAUUUCUCCCAGACAGUCUUUGAAUGCCCAUGAAUCAUCGUCAGGUUCGAGACGGAAGGCAGUAACUAAGAAGUCAAACGGACGUGGAGGCGGAGGAGGAGGUGGUGGUGGAAAGAAGUUCUAUCGAAGCAGUCAUCGCAGCAGGCGUCAUCGUCGAUCACCAACACCACGUAGGAAUCGAUUACCUUCUACAUCUCGAAGAUCUCAUCUUCUUGAAGUUGGGAUUGAUUCAUCUUCGACGACACCUUUUAAUCCGCUGGAACCGGUUUCGAAUGCUUCCACUGAUGUUAGUGCGAAACAGCGUCGAUCAUUAGUUGGUGUCUUCUAUAAGUGUUCACACAUUCAACGCUUUGUAUAUACUCUGCACUAA